AUGGCUUUGAACAUUAACGAGAAAGGUAGUGAUAAUCUGUAUGAUCUUCUUGGUCUGAAGAAGGAAUGCACGACCACUGAGCUCCGUACUGCUUAUAAAAAGCUUGCUCUUAGAUGGCAUCCAGAUCGUUGUACAUCAAUGGGGAACUUGGAGUUUAUAGAUGAAUCAAAGAAGAAGUUUCAGGGCAUCCAAGAGGCCUACUCUGUUUUGUCUGACUCCAACAAGAGGUUCCUCUAUGACGUUGGAGCUUAUAAUAGUGAUGAUGAUUCUGACCAAAACGGAAUGGGAGAUUUCUUGAGCGAAAUGGCUGUAAUGAUGAAUCAAUCCAAGCCUAGUGAGAACAGUUCAGGGGACAGUUUUGAACAGUUGCAAGAUCUCUUUCAUGAGAUGUUUCAAGGAGACGCUACAGCAUUCUCCUCCUCAUCGUCAUCACCUUACUCUGCUUCAACUUUCACUUCCUCUUGCAGCUUUGUGUUUGACUCCAAUACUCAGCAGUCACCGUUUGAGACAACAAGUUCGUUUGGGAUUAAUGAUCCUUUUUCAUUUGAUCCUAGAGCUGCUCAUACCUUCUCUUUAGGGGUUGAACAUCAGCAGGAUUUCAAGAAAGGGAAGAACAAUGGUGGGAGAAGAAACAGGAGAAAGAACAAUGUUCAAUCUGGUGGUCACCAAACGUCGUCGUCAAACAACUAUGGAGUCCCCACCUCAUAG